GAGGCAGCGGGAGCCCGGCGGCGGGGCGGCCAUGCCGUCCCGGGUGGAGGACUAUGAGGUGCUCCACACCAUCGGCACGGGCUCCUACGGCCGCUGCCAGAAGAUCCGGAGGAAGAGCGACGGCAAGAUACUAGUUUGGAAAGAACUUGACUAUGGCUCCAUGACAGAAGUUGAGAAACAGAUGCUUGUUUCUGAAGUGAAUUUGCUUCGUGAACUGAAACAUCCAAACAUUGUCCGUUACUAUGAUCGGAUUAUUGACCGAACCAACACGACGUUGUACAUUGUGAUGGAAUAUUGUGAAGGGGGGGACCUGGCUAGCGUAAUUACAAAGGGAACCAAAGAAAGGCAAUACUUAGAAGAAGAAUUUGUUCUUCGAGUGAUGACUCAGUUAACAAUGGCCCUGAAGGAAUGUCACAGACGAAGUGAUGGCGGUCACACUGUGCUGCAUCGGGAUCUGAAACCAGCCAAUGUCUUUCUGGAUGGCAAACAGAAUGUCAAGCUUGGAGACUUUGGGCUAGCUAGAAUAUUAAAUCAUGAUACGAGUUUUGCAAAAACAUUUGUUGGCACUCCUUAUUACAUGUCUCCUGAACAAAUGAAUCACAUGUCCUAUAACGAGAAGUCAGAUAUCUGGUCCCUGGGUUGUUUGCUGUAUGAACUUUGUGCUUUAAUGCCUCCAUUUACAGCUUUUAACCAAAAAGAACUAGCUGGGAAGAUCAGAGAAGGCAAAUUCAGGAGAAUUCCAUACCGCUACUCUGAUGAAUUGAAUGACAUUAUUACAAGGAUGUUAAAUUUAAAGGAUUACCAUCGACCUUCAGUUGAAGAAAUUCUUGAGAACGCUUUGAUAGCAGACUUGGUAGCAGAAGAGCAAAAAAGAAAUUUUGAGAGGAGAGGGCGACGACUAGCAGAGCCUGAAAAGUUACAGGAUUCCAGCCCUGUAUUGAGUGAGCUGAAACUGAAGGAAACACAGUUGCAGGAACGAGAGCGAGCCCUCAAAGCCCGAGAGGAAAGACUGGAGCAGAAGGAACGUGAACUUUGUUUUCGAGAGAGAUUAGCAGAAGACAAACUGGCUAGAGCAGAAAGCCUGGUAAAGAACUACAGCUUGCUAAAGGAGCAGAGGUUCCUGUCUCUGGCAGGUGGUCCAGAACUUCUUGGUCUUCCAUCCUCAAUAAUUAAGAAGAAAGUUCAUUUCAGUGGGGACAGUAAAGAGAACAUCAUGAGGAGUGAGAAUUCGGAGAGUCAGCAUGCCUCCAAGUCCAAGUGCAAGGACCUGAAGAAGAGGCUUCAUGCCGCCCAGCUGCGGGCUCAGGCCCUGUCAGACAUUGAGAAAACGUAUCAACUCAAAAGCAAGCAGAUCCUCGGCAUGCGCUAGCUGAGCAGAGACACAGAGCCGUGCCAGCCCUCUCAAGAUUGGUACUCAACUGCUGUGGCUUUGUAUUUUUGGUUCCAUGAGCCACCCCUUAUUGUAUAGUAUAUCUUGAAAUUGCUGUUGCAGACUUUCAGCAACAGUUGUUCGAGAUGUCCACAUCUUUUAAUUUCUCUUUCUUCCAAGAACAUUUUUCUUUAACAUCUUUCGUAAAGAAAAAAAUGAUACUUUUUUGGUUGCUUGAGCUUUUAAUUCUGUGUGUGAUUACUAUUGGGAAUAUGAAUGUGACAUU